AUGGAACAGAAAAAGAGAACUGAUGUAACAGAUUUGAAGCACAGGCAAAAGGCCCCAAAACGAGUGCAAAUGAAGUUGAAUCAAAGGCUUCGGGCGUUGCUUGAACAGGAAGAGCACUGUAGAAAGAGAGCAUUCUUGCAGCAAGAACUGUUUGAAACACAGAGGAGCAAGAAGCCGAAUAAACGGGAUUCGCGAGGUGUCCUCCUGCUCAAUAUUUUGCGCACCGAAUCCAGGUCCCAAAAUAUUGGACAAUUGGGGCAAGAACCACAUGUGCAGCAAACCCUUCGCAGAAGUAUCGGCCUCUUCAGUGGAUCGUCAUCUGCAAGUUUUGGCACGCUGAGUUUUGCACGAAAACCCAAACGUGAGCUGCUGGAGGCCGAACGACGGCCAGCGUUGAGCGUUCGUGGUGCAAUUGAAAGAGGCUGCUGUUUGGUGAAUGGAGAAGAACCAGUGCACCUCGAUGCGUCAGCGGUAUCCACCUCGAACUUGGAUUCGCAUGCACGUGGUGGAACCACGUGUGCGUGCAGGGUUAAGACGAUUGUAAUCAAAUCCGAACUUGCUCCUUCUGCUACGUCUCCGAGGGAGUGCAUUACGAUUUCAGAUAGCAGUGGCGAUAGGAGCAGGUGCAGUUCACCAGCAGCUCAUGUACCUCAGCGAGAAGAUCUUGAGAAGGCACUGGGGGACAUCUCUAGGUUGCCCAGGGAGACUGCAGAUAAUUCGUCGAGGGACCCACCAGCUUCGAGAAGACAAGACACUGCUUCCUGCAGGAGAGGCGGCAACAACGACGGAGCAGGUAGUCUAUACGACGAGCUUGCCAGCAUCGCCGGCGAGGAAGGGGGGGAUGGCAAGCGAGGUGAAAGCACACCAGGGGGCCGCGCAUGCUCUAUGCCUACUGCCAGCACAGAUACAGACGGUUUGGAGGACUUCUUCUUGUCAACUGGGCAUCACACAGCCAUGAGGGAUGCACGUUGUGUCCGCCGUGUCGAAGAUAUGGCAACACCACAGACACGGGCGGAAGACGAUUUACGGGGACUAAGUGCUGGGGAUUGGCAGGAGCCGACGAACCAACGUGAAGAUGGUUGCGCGGUUGGUGCAGAUGGGAAAAGUGCUGAUUCUGAAGGAAAACCAUCAAUCGUUUCGGGCUGGCCAGAAUGCGUCGUGGAAAUGCUGGGACCGGAUGUGUUUAAUGUGCUCAAGGAAGAACCACAACUCGUGCAUGCCACCAGCAAAACGUCGGGGAUGUCUGUGUUUCAUCACAUGCUGCGACGCCCAAGCAGGGAUGACGAGCAGGUGCUGGAUCUGUUUAAAUGUAUAUAUGAGGACGAGCCUUUGAAAGAACGCGUUUCGUUACCUCCACUAACUGCCCUCAAGUGCGACAGGGGUCAGACUCUGGCAUUCUAUGCUGCUGCAUAUGGCCACCCCAAAUGCCUGAAGUGGAUUCUCGAACAAAUAGGUGGAGCGAGCAGUCAAAGGCAGUUUCUUGAGAUUCGAGACAGUGAGGGGGACACUCCGUUGCAUUACGCGGUGAAGAAUGGGCACGCGAGCGUCAUUGAGAUGCUUCUCAACAUUGUUCCAGAGAUGCUUAACAAGCAGAGAAGCAAUGGCCAAACGCCGAUCUUCGACUCACUUGAACGACCAGCAAUCUUGCGUCUCCUUUUACGUCAUGGUGCUGAUUACCGCGUGAGAUGCAGCCGGGGUUUGACACCCCUUGAAACAGCUACUGAUGAACUGCGAUGGAAACGCCUGUGCUCGAGCCGCAGCUGCAAAGCUCUGAAGAAGCGUUUGUCGUUUUCAGUGCACCUGCUGAAAAAAGCUGAGGGAGAUGGGGGGAAGGGAGGUGUUGGUGACUGUACUAGACAACAUCAUGGCACUCUGAGUAAUACAACUGGCAGUACUGCGAAGUCAUCCGAUCGGUCGAAUUCUGUCGAACCAUUCACGAUGGUGGAUCAGGCUGUUGAUGAUUGGGGGUCUCACCACGGUCGAAGCGGAGUCGUUGACCCCCAUUUACACAAGCAUUCGUAG